AUGGCCGAAGCAGCAACGCUGGCGGCUGCAUUCGACGACGAGGUGUCCAGGGGCCUCAAGGCGCUGCCCCGCCGCGGCGACGCCCCCCUGUCCCACGAGCACGAGCUGGCACGCUGGCGGCACUGCCAAAAACUCGCCGACUCCGUGUCGCAUUACGCCUCCAGGUUGCCGCCCUCGGCGGCCGUUCCGAGGAUCCUAAAGCUGGGCCGCGAGCUGCGGGCCAGGCGCGAGCCACGCUGCGCCCUGUCGGCGUGCUACCGGACAGUUUUACGGCUUGUUCCACAGCCAACCGCCGAUUGCCAUGACUCCCAGGCCUGUAUGGCGGCGCGCCGGCGCGUGGAGGCCAUUUUUGGGGCCGCGGCCUGCGGCCUGGCGGUGACCACGGGCAGGGACCCAAAGCUGCUGGCGGGGGCAUCGGUUGAUCGAGUGGUUGACGCGCUUGACCGGUUCAGAGAGGGUGUGGAACUGGCGGCGCAGUGGGAGGAGCUGUACUGGCUGGUGAACAACGGCGCCGUGCACAUGCGCGCCGCGGCGGGGCUGCUGGUGGCGACCGGGUUCGCGCAGCGGGCGCUGCCGUUCUUGGUGUUCGCGAGCCUGGCGCUGGAUUCGAACCCCACCUUCGGAAACGCGGCGUACCUGCCGAGGCGGCUGGCGGCGUGCAAGGAUGUGUGCGAGUGCUGCGCGCGCAUGGGGGCGCGGGAGGAAGCCGCCAGAUUCGUGGAGCGCUUCUGGAAGAAGGUGGACGAGCUUGAGGAAUUGUACAAGUUGGACCCACUGCCGCCCCCAAAGGAAUUGGUUGAAUCAUGCCGGAACACGAGGGCCGGCCUGGCAGUUCUCCGGCUGAAAUACGGCGCCGAGGUGGCGCGCAACUCCGCGGAUCUGAGGUCUUUGCUGGAGACGCACAUUCCUGCAGAUGAUUCGCGCAUUGAGGCCCUAGUCGAGGCAUUCCUGGAGCGAGGGGAAGGGGAGGCGUCGCGCGGUCCAAUUCCGGCGGAGAAAGGACCUGCGUUCGAUAUGCUGUGGAGCCUUGCGCAGCCCCUGGUUUCGAAAAUAUCCGAGGCGCUGACGGCUCGCACAGAGGAGGAGGCCCUGGAGGGUACGAGAGGACGGAAUUGA